AUGGCAGCAGCAAGGAACCCAACGAAGGCGUUCCAGGCCCGAAUCCGAAUGGAGGAAGAAGAGGCCAAAAGGCAGGACGUCGCCGCCCUCCACGCCGCCGUCAUGGCCAUGCAGGCCGACGAGAACUCCGCCUCUCGCGACCUGCAGGCGGUCAACGCCCGCUUCCUGAACGUGACGGAGACGUGGCAGGGCCGCCUGGCCGCCGUCGCCUCCGAGCUCGCCGUCCUGAAGGCCGAGUCCCGGGAAGCCCACGCCGGCGCCGCGGGGCGGGUCAACGAGGCCGAGCAGAGGGGCCGCUCGCUGGCGGAGAGGCUGGAGGAGCUGGAGGUCAGCACCAGGAGGAACGCCCGCGCUCUGGAGCGCACGGAGGGCGACGACACCCAGAGGUCGCGGGACCACCUGGAUUGGAACACCAAGCAGAUCCACAAGCUGGAGGAGCAGAUCGGCGGCCUCGCCAAGAGGGAGGCGGAGCUUAGCUCCCAGCUGCGGGAGCACGUUCCCCGGGCGCAGCAGUGCGAAGAGCACCUGCCCCAGGUGGAGGAGGCGGUGCGCUCCAUCCUGAGGCUGGCGAGCGACCUGAGCGGGGCGGAGAAGCGCCUGGAGGAGGUGACGCUGCAGGUGUUCGGCACCGAGGACAGCAUGCUGAAGGCGCUCGGCGAAAUCCUGGAGAUCAGGCGGGAGCUGGACACCCUGCAGGCUCAGAACAGCAUCCUGAAGAUGAAGAACGAGUUGUCCGUGGUGAAAGAGGCGGUCCGUGAACUCACCAUGGUGCUGCGGGGGACUUCAGACGACAGCCAGACGGACUCUGAUACUCUGGAGGACGCAGGAUGGAAAGAGGAGGAGGAGUGGGGGGGGGAAUAUGACACGGAUGAGACGACUAAACUUCUCCUCGAUGACCUCACUGAAUGAUGUCAUUGUUUUGAUCCCAUAAGCAGGAGUGGUUCGCUGGAGUUCAGUAUGAAUGUGGAUCUGAGUGUAAUGGCAGGAAAGCAGCGCUGCAUAAAUGUGCUCUGGUAUUCACGCUCUGUGUUGCACAAUCGAGAAUAUUUAUUUUCAUAUUUGUUCAAUGUGGUGUGACAUUUCAGUUUUUAUUUUUAGCAAAAAAGCCCAAUUUCUAUGACAAUAUUUAUCUUUCCAGGCAAAACAGUCGAGCUGCAGCGAGAUAUUAAAUAUUCGGAUAGACAGAGAAAUAAUAAACAACUAUUUAAUUUGCUAUUUUUCCAUGUUAUACAGUGAACUUCAUCUUUUUAGGUUUUUAGGACAGUUGUUUGGAAAAAAAACAAGGAAGCUUUUUCAUUUUUUUUCCUUUCAUUUUGUGCAGGAAUAUUUUUGUAGAUGUGGAAUACAUCUCCAUGUUUUUGAUGACUUAUUACAUGUCCAUCUGAUUUUUAAAAGCACGGCACUCAUUUCACCCCUUUGAACUUAAUCAAUAAAAGCACCUUUUUUUACCGAGAA